CCCUCCUCCGCACAUACACCCAACAAAUCGUCUCUCUCUCUCUCUCUCUCUCUCUCUCUCUCAUUUUCCCUUUCCUUGCACUCCAACACCCCCCCCUCCGGUUGUCUCUCUCUGUCAUCUCACAUACACCUUCGAUUCCGUGUAUAAAGUUGAAAAGAGAUGUUUCACGGUGUUCGUUUCGUUCUCAUCGGAUUCGAUUCCGUCUCCGAAGCCCAGUAUCGUUCGGAGCUUUUAAAUGGUGGCGGCGUCGACGUUGGUCGAUAUGAUUCAAGCUGCACGCAUGUGAUUGUUCACGAUCGUGUUUAUGAUGAUCCUGUUUGUGUUACUGCUCGAGGUGAUGGCAAGAUUCUUAUUACAGAUCUAUGGGUUGAAGAUAGUCUAGAUCUUCAAAGACUUGCAGAUGCUAGCCGGAUUUUGUAUAGACCUCUAAAGGAUUUGAAAGGAAUCCCAGGUUCCGAAUCGCUGCACAUUUGCCUAACAGGAUAUCAAAGGCAAGCCCGCGAUGAUAUCAUGAAAAUGGUUGAGCUGAUGGGUGCACAAUUCUCCAAACCUUUGAUAGCAUCCAAAGUCACUCAUCUUAUCUGCUACAAAUUUGAAGGUGAAAAAUUUGAGCUUGCAAGAAAAAUUGGAAUAAAGCUCGUCAAUCAUCAGUGGUUAGAGGACUGCUUGAGAGCAUGGGAAAUCCUUCCCGUAGAUAAAUACAACAAGAGUGGUUGGGAGUUAGAGAUCAUGGAGGCUGAAGCUCGGGAUUCUGAAGAAGAAACAGAACCAGGUCCUGGGGUCUUCUCUAGCUUGAACAGUGGAAUGCUUAUUCAUAGUUCUGAAUUGCCGACACCAGUGAGGGAAGCACCCAAGAUCCAGCAGAAUGCAUUCACUGCAGGAACGAGUACUCAUGGUUCUGAAUUGCGCACACCAGUGAGGGAAGCACCCAAGAUCCAGCAGAAUGCAUCCACUGCAGGAACGAGUACUCAUGGUUCUGAAUUGCGCACACCAGUGAGGGAAGCACCCAAGAUCCAGCAGAAUGCAUCCACUGCAGGAACGAGUACUCAUGGUUCUGAAUUGCGCACACCAGUGAGGGAAGCACCCAAGAUCCAGCAGAAUGUAUCCACUGCAGGAACGAGUACUCAUGGUUCUGAAUUGUGCACAACAGUGAGGGAAGCACCCAAGAUCCAGCAGAAUGCUUCUGCUGCUAAAGGCCCAUUAAAUAUCUCUGAAGAUAUUCUCAUGAACAAGAGGCUAGUAUCUUCCCCAGGAAAAUAUACUAGUUUCAAUGAAGCUCCAGAUUAUAGUGUGAACAAUAGGCUAGUAUCUGCUGACUCUACUUCAGGCAAAGAAACUAGUUCCAGUAAAGGUGCAGAUGGAAUUGAGGGAUUUGGCUAUCACAAUGCUGUUCUACAUGUGUCAGCAGGCAGUGGUCAUGGUAUGUUGGAUGGUGGAAUUGGUGAGGGCAUUUCCAACCUAGAUGACAAAGUUACUAAACUUAAGAUAGAAGGCAAUAUGCCAUUUUCUGACCAGAGAACAUCUAAAAGAUCUCCAGAUUCAAAUUUGCCAGUUGAGAAUUCUGUUCUGUGUUUCUCAAGAAAAACCCCAAAAAGAUCAGCUGCUUCAUUAUCUCCAACACCAUCAACUCACUUACGAAACUCUCCUCAAGGAAAUUUAGAAGAAAAUACAGUAGCAGGUGCUUUAACCUUUGAGCAGGCUAGGAAUGACCCUGCAUCUAGUGAAAUUCCAAUUCCAACCGUACAUACAGAGAAACAUCACAAGGAAGGAACACAUAACACAUUUCCUCAAAAGCGGAAGCUAGCUGUUUCAAGAAGUGGCCUCGGAUUGCCGAAGGCAAGAGAUCACAAUGUCACUGGAAGUCCACAGAACACUGCUGUAUCUGCAGAAGCUGAGCAUGCUACUAUGAUGGUUGAUGAGCCACACUCCAAAAUUAACCCUCAUAUUAUGAAUAAUAGCAGUCCUUCAGAAGGGGUCUCUGCAGUGAAAUGUGUAGAAAACCAACAUGCGAACGCAUCAAAAACUAAGUCUGCGAAGUCUCUGAAACGUGGACGGACUGUUUUGGCAAUUAAGAUCUCUGAUAAUUCUGGUUCUUCUUCAGAUGGUAUGGUGAAGGGAGAUAUCAAAUCAAGCCACAUGUUGGGUGAGCAGAGGAGCGUAAGUGAUACAACGGACUACCUAGGCACAAUGGCCAUCAACAAUAAGAGUGCAGUUGAAACCAACCAGCCGGAACCAAUGGCUGUUGAUGGCAGAAGCCUAGUAGAAACCUCCAAUGAAGAGAAGUCACCUGAAACUUCUUCCAGGGGUUCGAAAGGGUCUGCAUCAGGCACUAAACCUGAUGUUGGAAUGAGCAAAUCAUCUAACCUUCCUGUCAUUGAAAUAGGUGAUCCCCAGAAAUCUCCCAAUGGCAUACAAUCCAAGACCGAAAAGUUUGAAAGCACUGCUAAUGCUAGGACACUUGCAGAAAGGAAUGGCAUAGCGUCUUCAACCAAACUAAGGACAAAGCUGUUAGCCAAGAAGACUGUGGGCUAUAAACAUAAACCGAGUAUGAGUAACACUAGUAAAGGUAGCAGUGCAAGUCACCCGGAUAAAACUGACAUGCCUGGUGAAGUAGAAAAUGGCAAGGAUGGAGUGGAGCCUAAGAAGAUGAAUAGUGAUGUGAAUGUUGAGAUGGCCGACUCGACUCAUAAAAGAUCGGAUGUAAUCAUGGAGGAAAAAGUUGAACGAAUUCCAUGCUCUGCGAAUAAACCCAAGAACAAAGCUGUAGCUUUAGAUGCAAAAGAGGAAGUGGUGGAUGCAGAGAAGGAGAACAAACCAACUGAAAAUGGGGUUCGAAAUGUGAAUUCAGGUAAACGUGGAAGACAGAAGGCUGCUGCUAAAAAGUCCAACCCAUUGUCGGUGCAGAAUACUGAAAAGGCUGUUGGUACGGAUGCAGACAGAUUGCAGGCAGGCAGGAGUUCAAGAACUGGAAGUUCUGAACUGACAUGGUUUUUAUUGAGCGGUCAUCGUCUACAGAGAAAGGAGUUUCAGCAGGUUAUUAGGCGUUUGAGGGGAAGGCUUUGCAGGGAUUCUCACCAUUGGUCUUACCAAGCUACGCAUUUUAUUGUUCCGGAUCCAGUGCGAAGGACGGAGAAGUUCUUUGCAGCUGCAGCGGCGGGAAGGUGGAUUCUUAAGACAGAUUACUUAUCAGCUAGUAGUCAGGCGGGAAGGUUUUUGGCAGAAGAACCUUUUGAAUGGUAUAAGAGUGGCCUCAGUGAAGAUGGUGCAAUCAACUUAGAAGCUCCCCGGAAAUGGCGCCUUUUAAGGGAGAGGACGGGUCAUGGAGCCUUCUACGGGAUGCACAUUGUCAUAUACGGAGAAUGCAUCACACCACCUCUGGAUACUCUGAAGCGUGUGGUGAAGGCUGGAGGCGGCACCAUUUUAGCAACAUCCCCACCAUACACCCGCUUUCUGAAAUCUGGUGUCGAUUUCGCGGUCAUCAGUCCGGGCAUGCCACGUGUCGACUGCUGGGUCCAGGAGUUCAUGAGGCAUGAAAUCCCAUGCAUCGCAGCCGAUUACUUGGUUGAGUACGUGUGCAAGCCCGGGUACUCUCUUGAGAGGCAUGUCCUCUACAAGACACAUGCAUGGGCAGAGAAGUCAUUUGCGAACCUGUCGAGCCGUUCGGAAGAGAUCAUUGAGGCCUCAACACCUUCGGAAGAUGGCAAUGACAUCAGUUGUGAAGUUUGUGGGUCCCGUGAUAGAGGAGAGGUGAUGCUGAUUUGUGGAGAUGAGGGGGGCACUCUAGGCUGUGGGGUUGGGACCCACAUUGACUGUUGCAACCCCCCACUUGAAGCAGUUCCAAAGGAGGACUGGUUUUGCUCAAAAUGUUGAAGUAGCAGCACCACUCCUAUUAAGGGAACAAACAAAGGCUCUUCUUUGUUGAAAUGUAAGUGAUCUCUCCUCA